GACUGGCACCGAGUGAGGGGCGGGGCUGCUAGAGGUACGCGCGCUCUUAUAUACACUGAGAGCGUGACCUGCCGCAGUCUAGUCUGUCACACUGGUGGUGACUAAAGAAAAAAAAAAGCAGCAGUCGCGUCGUCUUUAGGCGAACUAAAGCGGGACGCGUAGCUUUCUGAGGUAAAACAGGAGCUGACGAAUGACUGGCGCUUAAUGGAUAGACAGAGUUAAAGCUAAGGCACGCCCCCUCCUCAGCGUGUGGGUGUGGCCGCAAUGGCGGCGUUGGACUGUAGUGUGCGCGCCGCUGUGGUACUGUGGCUGGUUGUCAUGGCGACAGGAUCCGCAGCAUCUCUGAUCCAGGGGCCUUCCUCCUCCCAUCCCCCUUCGUGGCUCCUUUGUGUGAGGGAAAUGGGGGAAGAAACUGCUGGUAAACCCCCUCUGAGGACUCAGCUUCAUUCUAAUCUGAGAUCACCCAUCAUGAUAUACCACGCACCCCACUUCCACUAAAUCCUCCCUUCCAGAAGGCUGGCACGGUAGCAUAUUGAUGCUUUUUAUCUGUGCGAGAAUAUUUCCCUCUGUGGACGCCGAUGAUGUCAUCACCAGGGAGGAACAGAUAUAUCUUCUGUCUCGGGCGAAACGUCUCUGCCAGACAAGUAUCACAACGCAGGCCACUGGAGCAAUACGUAACACCUCAAAGGCAGGGCUGGGUUGUCCUCCUCAGUGGGACGGAAUAAUCUGCUGGCCCCGUGGAUCCCCCAAUGAGUUGGUUUCCGUUCCUUGCCCUGAACAUAUCUAUGAUUUCAACCAUCAAGGAUUUGCCUACCGGAAAUGCGGACAGUCUGGGACUUGGGUUCAAGUGCCAGGGCUUAACAGAACCUGGGCCAAUUACAGCGAGUGUCUUACAUGGGUCAGCUUGGGACACAGAGCAAAAGAGAAGGAGCUGUUUGAACGACUGCGGCUGAUUUACACCAUAGGUUACUCCAUCUCCCUGGCUGCUUUGUUAUUGGCCCUCUGCAUUCUCUGCUAUUUUAAGCGCCUCCAUUGCACCCGGAAUUACAUUCACAUCCACCUUUUUGCAUCGUUUAUAUGCCGAGCGGGGAGCAUUUUUCUGAAAGAUGCCAUUUUGUAUUCGGGAGAGAACGAGGUGGCAAUCUUGGAUGAGAAGACAGAAUUCGGCCUCUCAAGAAAAACAGGGCUUCAGUGGGCAGGCUGCAAAGCAACUGUCACACUAUUCCUUUAUUUCCUGGCCACCAAUUACUACUGGAUCCUGGUGGAAGGUCUCUAUUUGCACAGCCUCAUCUUCAUGGCCUUCCUGUCUGACCGUAACUACUUCUGGGCACUGAUCAUCAUUGGGUGGGGUUUGCCGGCUGUCUUUGUCUCAGUGUGGGUGAGCGUCCGGGUUUCUCUCGCAGAUACACAGUGCUGGGAUCUGAGUGCUGGACACAUGAAGUGGAUUUAUCAGACUCCCAUUCUGGCAGCAACUCUGGUAAACUUCAUCCUGUUUCUGAACAUAGUCCGAGUUCUGGCCUCCAAGCUGUGGGAAACCAAUAACAGAAAGCAAGACCCAUGUCAGCAGUAUGGGAAGCUGCUGAAGUCCACGUUGGUUCUGAUGCCUCUCUUUGGAGUACAUUAUGUGCUGUUCAUGGCGAUUCCUUACACAGAGGUGACUGGGCUGCUGUGGCAAAUACAGAUGCACUAUGAGAUGUUCUUCAAUUCCUCUCAGGGAUUUUUUGUUGCUAUUAUCUACUGCUUCUGUAACGGAGAGGUGCAAGCCGAGAUCCGCAAGUUUUGGUUCCGCAGAAAUCUGGCAGUUGAUCUCAAGCAGAAGUCUCGGAUGACCAGCACUGGAGGCAGUUGCCAUUAUGGUGGAGUCUUGAGCCAUACAACCAACAGUGUGUGUCUGAGCAUGGCGGCCAGGGGCAAACAGAUGGCAUCCUCGGCUCACCUCCCUGGGUACAUUUCCAGCACGGUCACCUCUAACAGUAACACACAACAACUGGGCAACGUUGUCUAGGGAAAAAGGACCCACACCCUGAUUGCCAUAAAAAAUGGCUUAUACUUGGCUACAACGCUAGUCCGUCAUAUUCAUUCCUCCAACACUCAAACAAGGACACAGGUCACUUUAUAAUAUAUCAUUUUUACUCUUCUCUGCUUUAAGAUGACCGUAAACCAGAACGUGAUAUGAGUGAUGGGUUUCCUGAUCCAUCAAUAUAUCAUAAAAAAGCAUAUGGAGGAGUGUAGAAGGCAAGCUUUGCUUAUUUUUCAAGAACAAAUCAACCGCUUGCAUUUGUCUCCAAUGAAAUAAAGAUGAAAGUAGGAUCA